CGAACCUCAUUCAGAAUCUCUGUGAUGGAACUUUAGGGUUCCAUGGAACACUUUUUUGGAACUGCUGUAUCAUGAUAAAAGCAGAAGAUAUGAUUUUUGUCCUUCCAACUUGAUUCAAUUAAAAGUGACGUUGUUUAGAAUUGCCUUUAGCCUUGAACGCAACUAGUUUUCAUAUUUUUCUUCUUUUCUUUCCCGCUCUUUUAUCACUGAAAGCUUAUUUCCGUGUUGUUAGGUUACGUUUUCUGACGAUCGAGUGUUGGCGUAAAUUAAACUACUUCUGCGACAGAAAAAAAAAAGAAAAAAAAGCCCUCGUCUGAAACCUCGUCUGCCACCAAAUCUAGUUUCAGAAUAAUUAUUCCGAAAUGUUUGAAAUUUGCGUACUGUCGUUAGCGAUGUCAACAUUGACCUUGGUUUUUAUUUGCAUAUCUGUUUUCUUAUGGUAUCUCAGAAGAAAUGAUGAUUAUUGGAAGAGAAGAGGUGUGAAAUACCAGCCUCGUAGAAAUUUAUUUACUAUUCUUCGCUUGUUUUCUUCUAUGACAUUCGCGACAUAUAUAAGGGAGAAUUAUAACAAGUAUGGACGACUUUAUGGAUCGUUCCAGUUUUCACAACCUGUACUUACUAUUGGCGACCCCAAAUAUUUGCGAAACAUAUUGGUGAAAGAUUUUAGUUACUUCAGUCAAAGACAGAAUCAGUCCUUUAAGAAUAAAGUCUUGGACAAAAUGGUGACAGUGCUGAAGGGAGAAGACUGGAAGAGAAUUCGGACAAUUAUGACACCAGCCUUUACUUCUAGACAAAUGAGAAAAAUGGAGCAUAUCAUCAAUAGCUGUGCUGCAACUGUAUUGAAAACAUUCGAAAAACAUUACCAGAAUGGAGAACCAGUUGAAUGCAAAUCGUUAUUUGGGGCUUUUGUGACAGAUGUCAUAGCACUGGCUGCUUUCGCAACUAAAGUAGAUUCUAUUAACAACCCUGACCAUAUUUUCGUCAAAAUGAUUAAGGAAAGUAAUCAAGCAUUUAAUAUUUUUCGGAUAAUUUUGCUAUCUCUGGUACCCCAAUUUUUGCUGAAUCUCUUUAGAUUAGAGGAAUUAAAAUCCAUAGAUUUCUUCAAGAGAAUCGUUUUAGAUGUCAUACAAGAAAGAAGAGAGAAAGGACAGAGGUACGAUGAUUUUUUGCAAAGUCUGAUGGAUGCCGUUGAAGAACAAAAACCAGAGAAGAGGGAAAGAAUGUUGGAAGAAAAAGAUGAAACAGAUCAAUAUGGAUGCGUAACAAACAGUGAGAUGCCUAAACAGUUGAAAUACAACUGGCUUUCGGAAGAUGAGCUUGUAGCACAGUGUGUCUUAUUUUACAUUGUUGGUCAUGAAACUACGGCAUCAACACUAGCUUACGUGGCUUAUGUCCUGGCAUUGAACCAACAAUGGCAAGACAAAUUAAUUGUUGAAAUAGAUAAGGCAUAUGAAAAGCACGGAAAAUUGGGAAAUGAUGCUAUUCGAGAAAUGAAGAUUAUGGAUGCCGUUGUGUCAGAAACUUUGAGAAUGUAUCCUCCUGCUUUAAUGUCAGGUAGAGUAGCAACUGCAGAUUACAAAUUAGGAGACACUGGGAUAGUGGUGACAAAGGGAAUGAAUAUACUUAUUCCACUUUACGCAAUGCAUUAUGACGCUGAAUAUUUUCCAGAUCCUGAAAUAUUUAAACCCGAAAGAUUCAUGGAUUCAUCUCCGCAAAGGCAUCCUCAGUACGCUUAUUUACCAUUUGGCGAAGGACCAAGAAACUGUUUGGGAAUGAGAUUCGCUCUGAUGGAGAUCAAAUUAUGCAUGGCAAACAUAUUACAUCAUUACAGAAUCAAAACUCAUUCAACAACAAAAGUACCAUUGGAGUACAGGAAAUUCACGCCUUUUCUUAGUGUCAAGGAGUUACCUCUAGGUUUAGAAAAAAGACAUUAAUUCACCAAUGCAAAAUUUCUAAAAAUGUAUCAGAAGUUACGUGACGCGAUGUUUUUUUAAGUUAUACAAUGAAAUGUUUUCAAAGGAAACUUAUUUCAAAGGUUCCUUUUAUUGUAGAAGUUCUUUACUUAAUAAUUAAUUUAGGGAUUUGCUUUAA